AUGAAGUCUUCAUUCAAAAUCAGGGCAAAAAAAGUUCACAUGAAUUACAUACAGAAACGUGCCUUGCAUGUAACUUCUCGAUUAUGCAAUGUGGUGACAGCAGUUUGUCCGGGCCAAGGAAACAUUUCCCCACAUCUUUUUUCACUUGCACAUCAUCAAAUAGACCAACUUAAAAACUCAAAAUAUCAAGAAUUGAUACAGUGGGCACAAGAGACAUUACCUGAAGUUCCAAUAGCCAAAUAUUUUAGCGGUAAAACAUAUCCAGAUGCAGUAUUGUCUCAAAACGAACUUUCACAAACUUCGUUUGUUCAACCUCUAGUUUUACUUUCAACUUAUAUCAACUAUUCUAUUUUCAAGGAUAUGUUCGACUGGGAUAUCAAGUCUGCAAAUUACUUAUUGGGACACUCACUUGGUGAAUUAAGUGCUUUGGUUGUGCAGGAUGUAAUUUCUUUAGAAGAAGGUUUGAGAGUUGCUUAUCAAAGAGGCAAGCUAAUGGAAAAAGCUUUGUUAGUGAAUACCUCUGAUAUACAUGGCAAUAUACCCAAAGACGACUGGGGAAUGGUUGCACUAAUGUUCCAAGAUCGUGACUUUAAGAGCAUAACAAAAGUGUGUCAAGAAGAUAUACAUUUCAAUAUUGCCAACGUAAAUGGUUAUGGGCAAAUUGUUGUCUCUGGACAUGCAGCUGAGCUUCGUGAAAAAAUAGCUGUACUAGAUCAGAUUCAGAAAGAGUUAGUUCGUUCAAAACAAUGGAGGAGUAAAAUACGUAAAGUCUGGCUCGAUACAAAAGUUCCUGCCCACCAUCCUAUUUUCAAUGAUAUUAAAGAGGAACUAAAAAGCAUGAUUCAUUUAAAAUCUGAUGUAUUAUAUGUUCCUGUGGUAUGUAACUUGAAUGGUCUUGUGGUGAUGAAAAACAGUCAACGUGUGGUUGAUAACUUUGUUGAUGUUACGAGUAAGCCUGUCCAGUUUGUGAAGUGCUUAGAAACAAUUGUUCCUUUUAAAAACGAGCAAGAUGAAACUUAUAAGUUCCUUAAUGUAAGUGAAAUAACUUACGGGCUAAUCAAACGAGUUUUUGCCCGCAAUGAAAAGUGUGAGGUUUAUGAUUUGAUUUCUGAAGCUGAGAAAAGUUUGUAG